UCGGUUGAUACUAAAAACGAAACGCUUCAAGUUGAAAAGCUUAAUGUGGAUGGAGGUGUUAAAGAGGAAAAAUUAAGCGUUCCGAGUGAAGAAAAAUUUACUGAAUUUAAUGAAAAAUUUAAUUUGGAAGGAAAUUUGGAGGGAGUAGAUGGAAAAUUAAUGAAAGAGGAAGAAAUGAUUAAUAAAAAUGAGGAGGAAGAGUUGAAGAAGAAGCAACACCAUUUGAGGAAGGAACAGGAAGAAAAGUGUGGAGAGAAGGGAGAGAAGUCUGGAGAGAAGGGGGAAAAGUCGGGAGAGAAGGGAGUGAAGGAAGAUUACAAAAAAUAUAUAACCAAAGAAGUAAAAAAAUUGACUAAAAAAUUUUUUGGUUCUGAAACUACUACCACCACCAAAACUGAAGAAAAUGUUUCAUUCGUAACAGAUUUAAUGAUGGAUAUCCCUCAAGGUCCAGAACGUGAGAAUUUUAAAACAACAGCGGCAGAAUUAGCUUUUGUUUUAAAUCUUUCUGAUAAAAAUACUCCAGAGAAGCUCUGGUCACUUGUUGGAGUUGAAAAAGGAAAUGUAAGUUGA